AUGCAUCCACAGGCGGUUUCUGAACCCGUUCAGGCCCACGCGGGUCAGCCGGGACAGUUUCCUCAUGAUGCACGCGCCAGCAUGGCACCACUCUUCAACGCUCUGAAUCUUCAGAACCAGCGUGCUGGACGCAAGGUUGGCAACAUAGACAUCGCAGGAGCUCAACGCGCUCAGUUUCAGAGCCCUAUGAUGAUCCCUCCUGUCUUUUUACCAAUGUCUACCUUCCCACCCACUUCGGUUCCCGCUCCCGAGCAGGUAAACCAGAUGCCAUUCUUGCCGACCAGCAUUUACCAGAACCCGGCCCUCUGUACGGCUCCGCUGCCGGGCUACCCCAUGCCGUACCUCUUGAACAACAACGAGGAGCAAAAGCAUGUUGGUCACCAGGGUCAUGAGUCUGGUAAUCAGACCGAGUUUUUCAAUCCCGGUCUUCCGAACUAUUUGAAUACCCUCGCCCAGCUUGGACCGGCCUUGCCUUUCCAGAUGAUGAAGACACCCACCGGCUACAUGCUCCAGGACCUCGAGAGUAUUACCCAGCAGGAACCGCCGAUCCCACGCGCUGUCCCGGCCAUGUGGACCAACCCAUCUGAAGUAACUCUGGCGAAGUGCCUGGAGAACCGCGAGGGUAUUACCAAUGUCUACAUCAAAGGGUUCCUUCCGGAAACCACCGAUGAGAUGCUGCAUUCUUAUGCAUCCCGCUUUGGGAAGAUUGAUCGCUGCAAGGCCAUUGUUGAUCUUGACACUGGCCUUUGCAAAGGUUUUGGCUUCGUUCAGUACUUCAAUUUUGAAGCGUGCUGUGAGUAUCUCCGUAUCGACGGCUACAGGAAAGAUAUUGACCGCAUCUACGCGCAGGACCUUCGCCGCCAUUUUGAGCCUUACCGCGUCGUCUCCGAGAAGAUCAGUCGUGACGAAAAGACCGGCGUGAGCAAGGAAGUUGGCUUUGCUCGAUUCGAAACGCGCGAGAUCGCUGAGAAGGUGCUGGCUGAGUUCCACAAUGUCGUCGGCAAAGAUGGAGUGAAGUUGCUUCUCCGCUUUGCAGAUACAAAGGCUCAGAAGAUGCUUAAACAGCAAAGCAACGAGCGCCGUGCCUAUCGCGCUGGCGAGUACAAUUACUCGGUUGAGGUCGUCCAAGGUUCCUCGCCCUCACCGUCUUUGAGCCGGCUCCAGCAGACCGCGUCGCACCUGAGCCCUAACUCCCAAAAUAGCUAUGUGUCUCCUGUUGCAGUCGGACCUACUUGGACUCCUGCCACUUCCAUCUCUCCUCCGUAUCAAACCUUGGUGAAGAAUCAAUUUGGCAGUAUGCGCUUCAACUCAUGGACCGCUAAGAACAGCCCCGGCACCUUGGACAACACCCCUCUGUGCCGUGGACGAUCCUCUUCUCACCGCAAUGGCUGGACUGACAACAUCGCCGGCACCAACUCUAAGCUGGUCAUUCCGGGCAUCCCUUCUGGAGAACGUCGCCCGGGCCCUACCACCAGCCCUCGGAAGGAGAACCUCAAGGCGGAGUCACUCUCUCCGGUUUCUUCGCGCAAGGAGAUUUUUAUGCACUCUCCACGCUCUGCCAUGUGA